GCGACUGACUGCCAUCGCGAAGAAGUGCAUGAGGCUUCAAGUACAGCUGCAUUGAAUAUUUCUCAACUACACCCAAAAGCUGCUUUUACCUUCCGCCGUAUAGUUUUAGCUGCGCCAAUCUGCAGAUUCAAGAAAUCCACCUUGCGUUCGACGAGGAAAUAUUGACAGCCCUGUCGUGUCGCGCCGAAGAAAAGUUGCCCCAAACCAUCAGGCUUCAAACGACGUGAUGAACGGGGACAACUACGCCUCGAGAGACUCGGGCCGCUCGAGAGAGCAGCACGGCUCAAGAUACGAUCGUGAUGACCGAAGAGACCGCGACCGGGAUAGGAAUCGAGAUCGAGGUGAUCGCAGACGCUCCAGAUCGCCGCACCAUCGGUCUUCGCGACGCGAACACGACGAUUCAUACUCGUCCAGCAGAGAUUACCGCGCUCGAGAAAGAGAGGACAGAUACGAUUCUGGUAGGCGAGACGAUCGCGAUUGGAAUCGGGACCGAGGACAGAGGCGCCGCGACGAUGACAGACCUCCAAGAAGAGAUCGUGACCUAUUUGACGACAGAAGAGGUGGUGGUGGCGGAGGACGCGGCGGCCGUGAUCGUGGUGGAGGUGGACGAGAAGAUCGUGAUGAGUUUGCUGCGCAAGCACGCGGCAAGAAGGACAACAGUCCUCCACCAAAAAAGCGAGAGCCUACACCCGACCUGACAGACGUUAUCCCUAUAACGGAGCGCAAGAGAAGAAUGACACAGUGGGACAUCAAGCCUCCUGGCUACGAGAAUGUCACCGCAGAACAAGCAAAGAUGUCCGGAAUGUUCCCUCUACCUGGCGCGCCCCGCCAACAGCAAAUGGAUCCCAGCCGACUACAAGCCUUCAUGAAUCAACCUGCAGGCAGUGCAGCUAAUACCGCCUUGAAGCCAUCAAAUGCGCGCCAAUCGAAGCGACUGUUCGUUUACCAUCUGCCCGCGUCCGUCACCGAAGACGGUCUGCUACAAUUCUUCAACCUGCAGCUCAAUGGCUUGAACGUGAUCAAGGGUAGCGACCCAUGCAUACAAGCCAACAUUGCUGAGGACCGAAGCUUCGCAUUGGUGGAGUUCAAGACGCCGUCAGACGCCACGGUGGCAUUGGCUAUGGACGGCAUCACCAUGGAAGAACAUCAUAGCGAGAUGAACGGCAACGGAGAUGCCACUCCCAAGGGACUGGAAAUCAAGAGACCAAAGGAUUACAUCGUCCCCUCCGCAGACGAGGAUGCAUAUACCGAGGGCGAAAUAUCGUCAGAGGUUCCAGACACUGCGAACAAGCUGGCCAUCACUAAUCUGCCGCCAUUCUUGACGGAUGACCAAGUUUUGGAGUUAUUGAAAGCUUUCGGAGAGCUGAAGGCGUUCGUUUUGGUACGAGAUGCAGAUGCCCCAGAGUCAAGAGGAAUUGCAUUCUGUGAAUAUGCCGACCCGGCCGUCACGGCAGUCGCCGUUGAAGGCUUGAACGGCAUGGACCUAGCAGGCAAUGCUAUCAAAGUUACUCACGCCAGUCUCGGCUUCACCCAGGCUUCCGGACUCGAAAUGGGUGUCAAUGCCAUGUCCAUGUUUGCCGGUACCACUUCCGACAAUCUCGAGGAAGGGCGUGUUCUCCAGCUCCUCAACAUGACGACUCCUGAAGAGCUGCUGGACAACGAUGAUUAUGAAGAAAUCUGCGAAGACGUCCAGGAAGAGUGCCAGAAGUAUGGCAAGAUAUUGUCGAUGAAGAUCCCGCGUCCGUCGGGCGGCAGCAGACAAUCUGCUGGUGUUGGCAAGAUCUUCAUCAAGUACGAAGACAAAGAGUCGGCGAAGAAAGCACUGCAAGCGUUGGCGGGCAGAAAGUUCGCGGACCGCACAGUCGUCACUACUUACUAUGAUGAGGCAAGCUUCGACGUGAGCGCUUGGUGAUUUGGUGGUGGAGUCUGUUGUCAGUACACACUGGAACAGAAACUCGAGGGUAGGGCGCAUGCUUUUGUUCCAGCCAUGUGGGCGCUCCGAGAUGCGUGCGGCGGGAUCCUUGCUGUGGCAGACGCCAAAGUCUCGUCUCCUCUGCCGUUUUCGACAGCAAUCUUGAAGACUCAAAAGAGAGAGACCG